AUGGUGCAGUGUCAAUCCUGCAAACUCUGGGAGCAUUUUGGCUGCGCCGGUGUCGACGAACAAAUUCGACGGUCUGAUGCCACGUACAUCUGUAAGCGAUGUGCACUACCAGGGGUCUCCAACGAUGAUCAUCUCAACGUUCCCUUCGUCGAUCCACGCUCCAAAGGAAUGAAGGCGGGUUCGAAGGCAAGUUCCAAGGGGGGCUCAAAAAGGGGAAAGAAAAUUCUCGACCCACCCGGCAGCGUUACGUCAAGCGUGCGUGUGGCAAUGCUAGCGGAACAGCUUAAACUCGUCGAAGAACAGCAAGUCUUGGAGGAACAGGAACUGAAAGAACAAGAGGAAAUGAAGAAACGCUUGUUGGAAGAAGAAGAAAUUCAAUUGGAGGAGAAGAAAAGGAUCGCAGAGGAAGCCAAACAGAUCCGUGAACGUAAGUUACAGGAUGAACUGGAAGCAAAACGGAAACAACAACAAGUAAGGAGAGAGUCAUUCGAAAAGCGUCAAGAGAUUAUCAGGCAAAUGGCAGAAGUAAGCAGCAGAAGUGGAUCGAUUGUGAGCUCCGGUCAAAAAGUUCGUAACUGGCUAAAUGACCAAGGUGCUGGAAGAUCUGAUGGGAAUAAUGUUGGAGAGCUUAUUGAUCCUAACAUCAAUCGGAUUCCCGAAGACCCGUUGGAAGUACCCAUUCAGACACGAGAACCGGCGUCACGGAAACCCGCCACUAUGCAACCACUGCAACCGGUGAUACAGGUUCCUGCUGCACCGUUACCGACACCCGCACCCACACCUACGUAUUCAGGUCGGUUGCUAUCUCAGGAGCAAAUCGCGGCGAGACAGGUUCUGGGGAAAGACCUUCCAAUUUUCGAUGGAAACCCCGAGGAUUGGCCGGUUUUUAUAAGCAACUAUGAGCAAUCAACAACCACGUGCGGAUAUUCGGAUGCGGAAAACCUUGUCCGACUUCAACGAUCGCUAAAAGGAAAUGCUUUAGAGUCAGUAAAAAGCCGUCUACUCCUGCCGGCUAGUGUGCCACACGUAGUACAAACUCUGCGUACCCUUUUCGGAAGACCGGAGCUGCUCAUUAGGUCAAUGCUGAACAAAAUCCACCAAAUUCCACCGCCGAGACACGACCGCCUAGAAACGCUGAUGCACUUCGGUCUGGCAGUGCAGAACCUGGUGGACCAUCUAAAAGCAGCAAACCAAUACACCCACCUAACGAACCCAGUGCUCAUGCAAGAGCUGGUAGAAAAGCUACCUGGAUCACUGCGUCUAGAUUGGGCUGUUUUCAAAAACAAAUAUCACACUGCUACGCUUGACACGUUCGGGGAAUUUAUGUCAGGAUUGGUGACGGCUGCUAGUGAAGUAUCUUUUGCUCUUCCGGGGAGUUGUUUAAACCAGAAACAUAUAACGGACUCCCGAAGCGGAAAACAAAGGACUGGAAAUACCGGAAUACUCCAAGCUCACUCGAUAGACGGACAACUCAUCAGCCAGGAUACCAAUACCACCGCACGUUUCAAACCUGUAAAAUCAUGCCUAGCUUGUGGCCGAGCAGGCCAUAGGGUCGCUGAAUGUCAGCAGUUCAUCGGAGCAAGCGUUGACGAACGUUGGGAGUUGGUACAACAAAAAGGACUCUGCCGAACCUGUUUAAACGGACACGGUAAAUGGCCAUGUCGAUCUUGGAGUGGAUGUGCCGUUGAAGGAUGCCGUCAAAGGCAUCAUACGCUUCUCCAUUCUUCUACGCCAGUGGAAACCGAUAAUGUCUCACCUAGCCACGUUACGUCCGGAGGAUUUGAAUGGCCAUUAUUUCGCAUCGUUCCGGUGGUAUUAUAUGGCCGUAAGUCUUCCCAGACUAUCUACGCCUUCAUAGAUGAGGGUUCAUCGUACACUCUGCUUGAAGAUUCUGUAGCGAAACGGCUGGGCGUUAGUGGUAAGGUAGAACCGCUGACACUGAAGUGGACAGGCGACGUAACCAGGGUCGAAGCAAAAUCGCAGAUUGUACAAUUCGAUAUAUCCGGCAAGCAGGUCAACUCUCGCUAUACUAUUACACACGCUCGCACUGUGGAUCGUUUGGUCCUGCCAACCCAAACCAUGGAGUAUAAGGAUCUAGCACGUCGGUUCCCGCAUCUACGUGGAUUGCCAAUUGAAGACUACGAGCUAGUUCAGCCAAAAUUGCUCAUUGGACUUGAUAACCUCAGGUUAUGCGUCCCUCUUAAACUACGGGAAGGUGGACCGUCGCACCCUAUAGGCGCGAAAUGCCGACUAGGAUGGAGCAUAUAUGGUUGCGUUCCAAAUCAAGCAGCUCAUUCUUCGGUCGUGGGUUUCCAUGUGAAAGCAUCUUCCGAUUCAGAUCAGGAAAUGAAUGACCUUCUUCGAGACUAUUUCACCCUGGAUGACGCUGGUGUCAUCGACCAAAGCAGUCUCAUUGAAUCGGCGGAAGAAAAACGCGCCAGGUUGCUGCUGAAAGACACUACUCGACGUACGCCGUCUGGUUCUAAGUUUGAAACUGGUCUGCUGUGGAGGACCGGUAAGCCCGACUUUCCGGACAGUUAUCCCAUGGCUGUGCGGCGUUUGGAAUCGCUAGAACAUCGGCUUAAACGUGAACCCAGCUUGCAGGAGUGCGUUCGCAAUCAGAUUACGGAUUAUGAGCGCAAAGGGUAUACUCAUCGGGCCAGUCUAACCGAACUAACAUCGGUGGAAUCGAAUCACGUAUGGUACUUACCACUGGGUGUUGUUACCAAUCCUAGAAAACCCAACAAGAUACGGCUCAUCUGGGACGUGGCGGCAAAAGUGGGAGACACCUCUUUCAAUUCCCAACUUCUUAAAGGUCCUGACCUAUUGACGCCUCUCCCAAAGGUUUUGUAUCAAUUCCGACAAUAUCCAGUGGCUGUGACCGGUGACAUAAUGGAAAUGUUUCACCAGAUUAAAAUCCGCAGCCCAGAUUGCCAGUCACAGCGUUUCCUGUACCGAGAAAAUACGACGGACGUCCCUAGGAUCUACGUGAUGGACGUAGCUACGUUUGGAUCGACCUGCUCCCCCGCUUCGGCACAAUAUGCAAAGAAUCUAAACGCGGAAGAGUACGCCACAGAAUACCCUCGAGCAGCGGAAGCCAUUAUAAAAAAGCACUACGUCGACGACUAUUUGGAUAGUUUCAAGACGAUUUCGGAGGCAGUAACUGUUGUAAACGAGGUCAAAUUGGUACACUCUAAAGGUGGCUUCACGCUCCGUCGAUUUCUGUCCAACGUACCGGAGGUCUUGCAGGGUAUCGGAGAGGAAGUGGAGACGGAAAUGAAGGACCUAGAUCUUGAGCGAGCGGGUAAGAUCGAGUCGGUGUUGGGAAUGAAGUGGGUUCCAGAUGCGGACGUCUUUAUAUACACGUUUGGCGUUCGAGAAGACAUCCUUCAAAUCCUGCGUACCGAUCACGUUCCUUCAAAGCGAGAAGUAGCUAGGGUAGUGAUGAGUUUGUUCGAUCCACUCGGGCUCAUUUCCUAUCUACUGGUUCACGGAAAAGUCCUAAUUCAAGAGCUCUGGAUGAAAGGGACGGAGUGGGAUCAAGAAAUCCCUCAAGACACCAACGUGCGCUGGCGACAGUGGGCAGAAUCGCUGAAACAACUAGACCGGCUUCGCAUACCGCGAUACUACUUCCCCUCUAGUCCUCCGAAAAGCUUCGUAUGUCUACAAAUUCACCUAUUUGUAGAUGCUAGCGAUGCAGCAUAUGCAGCAGUGGUAUACUUCCGUCUGCAGACCGAACGAGACACGCAGGUGGCGCUUGUCGGUGCGAAAACCAAGGUAGCACCACUGAAGGCUCUAUCGAUACCGAGGCUUGAACUCAAGGCUGCAGUUCUAGGUACCCGUUUAAUGGAAACAAUCCAAAAUCAACACACGUAUCCAGUUACUCAACGUUUCUGUUGGACCGAUGCAAACACCGUCCUGGCAUGGGUUCGUGCUACUGAUCAUCGACGUUACCACAAAUUCGUUGCAGUUCGAGUAGGAGAAAUCUUGUCAUCCACACAACAAUCGGAAUGGCGCUGGGUGCCAUCAAAAAUGAACGUCGCGGAUUUGGCCACUAAAUGGAACAACGAUUCACAAGCGAUGGCCAUCAGUCCGUGGUUUCACGGACCAGCCUUCCUCUUUGAACCCGAAUCACAUUGGCCCAAGCAAAAAGUAUCCACCACAACAGAUGUAGAACUCCGUCCAGUCCACCCACAUCUAGCCCACUUCUCAACUAGUUUUUUGCUCGAGAAAUUCAACAAGUGGUCCAAAUUGCUUCGCGUAGCUGCCUACGUGUUUCGUUGGAUUGAUAACCUCCGAAGGCGAAGAAGCGGUGAAAAUCUGGAACUCGGUUACUUAACCUGUGAAGAACUUCGCGGCGCCGAAGAAGCUCUGGUCAAAAUGGCUCAAAACGAGUGUUAUUCUGAGGAAAUUUCCAUCCUUAGGAGGACUCAAGGGCCACCUGAGAUGCGGCAUCCCACUGUCAGCAAGUCCAGUACGAUCUACAAGAAGUAUCCAUUCGUGGACGAUUCGGGAGUUCUGCGUAGUCGAGGACGAAUCGGUGCCGCACCGUAUAAGUCUUUCGAUGCCAAGUUUCCUAUAAUUCUCCCAAAACGACACACGCUUACCUUUCUAAUUGUGGACUGGUACCAUUGCCGUUUUCGACACGCCAAUCGUGAAACCGUGUUCAACGAAGUACGCCAACGUUACGAAAUACCCACAGUUCGUCGACUGCUGGACAAUGUACAACGAGCAUGCGUCUUCUGCCGCAUUGCGAAAGCAACUCCAAGGCCGCCAGUCAUGGCACCGCUUCCUGAAAUGCGCUUGACGGCUUUCAUUCAACCCUUUACGUAUACUGGGUUGGACUAUUUCGGUCCAAUCCUGGUGAAGCAAGGCAGGAGCAACGUGAAACGCUGGGUGGCGCUCUUCACCUGCCUCACCAUCAGAGCGGUACACAUUGAGGUAGUGCAUUCACUAAGUACUAUUUCAUGCAUCAUGGCAGUUCAACGGUUCGUGGCGCGUAGAGGACAACCAAGGGAGUUCUGGUCCGAUAAUGCUACCUGUUUUCAAGGCACGGGUAACGAGCUAGCAGCACACAACAAAGCUUUAGUCGAAAAGUUCACCACCUCUCGAUGCACAUGGAAGUUUAUACCCCCAUCGACUCCCCAUAUGGGAGGUGUAUGGGAGAGACUUGUUCGUUCGGUGAAGGUAGCUGUCGGAGCUGUGCUGGAGAGUUCACGUAAACCUGACGACGAAACGUUGGAAACAAUACUCAUUGAAGCAGAAGGGAUGAUAAAUUCGAGGCCGCUCACUUAUGUACCUCUUGAGUCAGCCGACCAGGAAGCGUUGACUCCCAAUCAUUUCCUGUUGGGCAACUCAUCGGGAGCGAAAUUUCUUUCCAACAGUCCGCUGAAUAAUCACAUGAUCCUUAGAAAGAGCUGGAAAAUGGCAAGACAUAUCGGAGAUGAAAUUUGGCGUAGGUGGCUCAAAGAGUAUCUGCCGAUGAUUACUCGUAGGUGUAAAUGGUUUGAGGAUGUUAAGGAUUUGCAAGUUGGCGACUUAGUACUAGUGAUUGGUGGAACGACAAGGAAUCAAUGGAUUCGAGGACAGAUCGAAGAGGUUUACCCUGGCCGAGACGGCCGAGUGCGGCAAGCGCUAGUGCGGACAUCGUCGGGACCUGUGCGUAGGGCAGCAGUGAAGCUGGCUGUAUUGGACGUCAAGGAGAACAGUAAACCUGCCGCCGGCUCAACUGAAGUUUUAGACCCUCACCAAGGUUUACGGGCGGGGGUAUGUUAUGGCAACACUGGCGAAUGA